GUCCGAGCGAGCGGAACCGAGACCCGACACAGGUGCACUGCUGCGGGGACGGCAGCGGUAUGACCGGCCACCACGGCUGGGGCUACGGCCAAGACGACGGCCCCUCACAGUGGCACAAGCUGUAUCCCAUUGCCCAGGGCGCCCGCCAGUCACCCAUCAACAUCGUGUCUAGUCAGGCUGUAUACUCACCCAGCCUGCAGCCCCUGGAGCUUUCCUAUGAGGCCUGCACGUCCCUCAGCAUCACCAACAAUGGCCACUCUGUCCAGGUGGACUUCAGUGACUGCGAUGACCGCACCGUGGUGACUGGGGGCCCCCUGGACGGACCCUACCGGCUCAAGCAGUUCCAUUUCCACUGGGGUAAGAAGCACGGCGUGGGCUCUGAGCACACGGUGGAUGGCAAGCCGUUCCCCAGUGAGCUACACCUCGUUCAUUGGAAUGCCAAGAAGUACAGCACCUUUGGGGAGGCUGCCUCCGCACCUGAUGGCCUGGCUGUAAUUGGUGUCUUUUUGGAGACAGGGGACGAGCACCCUGGUAUGAACCGCCUGACAGAUGCACUCUACAUGGUCCGGUUUAAGGGCACCAAGGCCCAGUUCAGCUGCUUCAACCCCAAGUGCCUCCUGCCUACCAGCCGGCAUUACUGGACCUACCCUGGCUCCCUGACGACACCUCCACUGAGUGAAAGCGUCACCUGGAUUGUGCUCCGGGAGCCCAUCUGCAUCUCUGAGAGGCAGAUGGAGAAGUUCCGGAGCCUGCUUUUCACCUCCGAGGAUGAUGAGAGGAUCCACAUGGUGAACAACUUCCGGCCACCACAACCACUGAAGGGCCGUGUGGUCAAGGCCUCCUUUCAGGCCUGAGCUACCCACCUGCCCAACUGGCAUUAGGGUACCAUCUUCCCAAGGGCUUCCAUGUCAGCAGACACCAAACAAUCUGAGGUUCCCUGCCUAGGGGAUGUUGUGCAGUCCCUCAAGCCAGCUUGCUCCUUGGUUACCCUGGAGACUUCUUAACAUCACCUUCUAUUCAGGGGCUCCCUUAAGCUUGCUGGGGGACAGGAAGAACAGAAGUUGAGCAGUGUCCAAACCCAGGGCUGCCUCCACUCUCUAAGACCCCAAAACCCCUGAGACAUCCUCUUGUCUUCCCCACUAGCUGUAGCAGCAGCCCCUCUAAGCCCACACUGUGAUGGACAAGCCCAUGCUUCUGGGGGUAGGAGGCUGGUGCUGCCAGAUGUCUCAAGCAAUAAUUAGAGGUGGGCAGAACUGCCCUCUCAGUGUUACCUCUUGGGCAGGCCCCUCACCAUACAUGCACCUCAUUGCCAGGCCAUUAAAAUCAGUACCCAGCAUGCUGGAGGUGACGUGGCCUUCUCCCUCCAGCCACCUGCUGUGGGAGGCAGACCUGGUGACAUCUUAUGUAGUAUCUUUCCUCCUCCCUUCACCCAGCCACCAAAGCCAUUCACAUGUCAAUCCAUCCAUGUGUUAAUAAAUCCAUUCAUUCAUACAACAAA